CUCUCUUUUUUUCUCAGGGUUUGAUGGAGAUCUGGUCGGAUGACAGCUGGAACUGUUGUCAUAACCGGAGGAAUUCUCGCAACAGUGAUACUCCUGUGUAUCAUUGCAGUGCUUUGUUACUGUAGACUCCAGUAUUACUGCUGUAAGAGGAAUGAGUCAGAAGGGGAGGCGGGCUCAGUCGGAGAUCCUCAGCCACAGUUCGCCUGCAACACAUGCAGUGCUCCGGGAGUGGAUGGGCCGGCCGUCACACCUCUCUCACUGCCAUACGACCCCACUCCGGCUCACAGCUACUGCCCGACUUGCUCACCCUACUACCUCCGUGGCACGGAUGAGAUGCGGAACGGCGGUGAACGCCUGUCCUACAUGCCCACUCACUACGAGAACCAUGGUGCUACUGCCCUUGGUCUGGCCGCCAUGUACGGCCCCGUGCUGAGUCAUCGCAGUACCCCAGACUUUUACACCAAUACACGAGCCAUCAGCACUGACGUUUGACCCUCACAGACCUGGAGAUGGACCCAGCAACAGAGUCACAUCUGUGGACCAGAGCAAUUGGGACCGUUACAUCUCCAUGCGCCAAUGGUCAAAAUGACCUACAGGAUGCCAUGUUAUUCUUCCACACAGGUCUAUGGCCAUCUUUAAUCUUCCAUUAUCUUUUGUUUUACCUGCUGUUUACCUCUUUCUUACACAUCCCUCCCUCUUCGUGCUUUGAGGGCUGUGUGUUAUAUGACAUUAAUUGUUUGUGGCAUUUUUGGCCUUUUUAAGUCUUAAACGUUAAAUUGGGUAUUUUAUUUAUAUGGAAAAGUCAGAUAAAGCAUAUAUUAUAGUUAGAAAAUCGAAAUAGGAAGCUUUUUUAGGCUCAUCUCAAGUAUUUUGUUGUUUAUCGUGACAUAAAAGGCAAACAUUACACACAAAUUUCAAUAGCUUUUUAAAAAAGUAUCUUUGUUGGAAAGAGCAUGACAUUCAGCUUUAUCUAAAUAUCCCUGAUAUACUGAGCCUUUGUCUUUGAAAAACUUAUUGUAGGAUGAGAAAUUAUCCAAAAUGUGAUUGUCUUCACGUGUGUUGAUCUGUAGGGAAAAUGUUAAAUGAAUAAUUGAUGAUGAUUAUAUUGAUCAGUUCAUAUUUGAAUAUAUGUCACAUUAACUCAAAUUCACAAUGGCACAGAGACAGAUGUGUUGACAGUUGCUGAAUUAGCAAAUAAGAUUUAGGUCGGAGUUGAAUUAUUAAUUCACACUCAUUUCUUUGUCCGUAUCCACUACAUACUAGGAUUAAUAAGAGCUUUUUAAAGUGCAGUUGCUGAAACCUUCAAUUGUACAAAACAUUUCCAAAAAUCUUCUCAAGGCACUGAGAGUAAAAUGACUGGAAAACAUUCAUAUGCAUUUAUUUAUCUUGUUCCUUUUUGUAUGGUAUUAUGGCAGUUGAAAUGAUACUUGAAUGAUAUUCGUUCCUUGUCUUUGCAUAGGUUUUUUGUAAAUUAUAUCUUCUCACAUAUUUGUUUCAUUAGCCAUAUAGUUUAUAAAUUGUACACUCUGAUGUCUAUGUUCACUCUGUCUGAAGCACUCUUUCUUGGUAACUGGUUCACAAUACAGACCACAGGAUGGCACUUCUAUUUUACAUUUUGGGGAAAAUGUGAAAAAAUAUGGAGAAUAUCAGUCUAUGGUUUAAAAUACUGAAGAAAAAAAAGAGUAGCUUAUUGUCCACAUAUUUCACAGAAUGCUUUUGAAAAUAAAGGACGCAUUUAUAAAUGCCUGUAGACUUUUAUAAAAUUGGUCAAUUGUGAUCAGAGUAAUAAAAGCCAUUUCACAUCUGUACCAAAACAUGUACAUAAAGAUCUAAUUAUUUCAAUGA